AUGUGUCUGUUGACUGUGUGCUUCUGCCUGGCAGUGGAUGGAGUGUCCCCCCAACCCCCUGAAGACUCCUCUCCAUGUGAGGCCUGGCAGUGGGUGGAGUGUGCCCCCCAACCCCCUGAAGACCCCUCUCCAUGCCUGGCAGUGGGUGGAGUGUCCCCCCAACCCCCUGAAGACCCCUCUCCAUGUGAGGCCUGGCAGUGGGUGGAGUGUCCCCCCAAACCCCUGAAGACCCCUCUCCACGUGAGGCCUGGCAGAGGUUGCCCCCCUCAGCUACCUUUGAGAUCACCACGGAGGACAGGAGCAGGCGCAGAGAGAGAAGCAGAGGCGUGGGAGGAGGACGAAGAGGAGGAGGAGGAGGAGGAGAGGAUGGGGCCCGGUUGGAAGAGUGAACUCGGAGCUGGGCGAGCGCGGCUGCGGAUGGCCACGGGCUCUCCAGCUCCCCCCCCCUCCGCCCCCCUCCCUCCCCGACUGUGGGUCUCGGUGAGCCGGGUCCGGGGCCAAGGCAGGGAGGCGCGGAGUGGGCCGGCGAGGCGGGCCGCCAUCCCCGCCGGCUUCCCGCGCGGCGGGAGAAAUCGAUCCGGAGGAGGGAGGCGGCCAGGGGUCGCCCGGCGCGGCCCCGCGGCCCUGGAGCCCAGGGACCCGCGGCUCGCGGCUCUUCCUCCAGCCGGCCCCUGCCUGCGCGCACCGGGCCGCUCCCCGCAUGCGUGUGGUUCGGCCCGGGGGGCCGCGGGGGGGGGGGGGGGGCGCUUCACGGCCCCGCACCGAACCCAUGAAAGUUUGCCAGAAAAUGAAUAAAAAGGAGAGGCAAAGGUCCCUGUUUUGUUUCCCCCCCCUCCACCGAUUACGCAUCCCCCCGGACUGCUCGAAUGAGAAUUCGGUACAGGGCUCUUUGACAUCCGAGCGAGCUGCCUCCUUACUCUCCUGCCCUCCUCCAAGCGUGUAUCACAAGCACUGCGUCGGAUGAGUCAGACUGCCAGGACUUUUAAAAAAUGGUAAUAGUGAUCUUUCUGAGAGAACAAGGCCCUGAUUUGCAUUUCACCUGCAAUGUGCCAUCGCUGACAUCUGGCAUUGUUGCCUGGAUACGUUCAGAAUGUUAUUGACUGUUUUCUUUGAGGCAAAAUCAUGUAUCUUUCAUAAUAGUGGAUUUCAGGUUGUGAAGCGCGUUCCAAGGCCAUUUCCAAAAAAGAAAACAGAAAACACAACAAACCAAAAGUUUUUUUUUUUUUUUU